CGCCAUUCAGCGCAUUAUCGCCACCAACAGGACUUUUAAAAUCGUAACGGUUUGACAGUCUGAAAUGCCGAUGCAGGAAAACUCGAUGUCCAUGCGGAAGUGGGUCUGUCUCUGAUCAUAUGGAUAAAUGAAGUGUAGAAAACAACGAAAAUAAAAUGUAAAAGAAUUGUUGUGGUCCCCAGCUGGAAUCAUCAUGUCCUCCACUGGUCCAUCUCUGCCAUGCCCUCGGCAUUCUGUGGUAGGAGAUGAAACCAAGGCAGUAAGCAAUCACGGGAUUUACUCCUCAGACAGACACGCUGGUCUCCUGCUAGCUCAGAUGAACAAGAUGCGUCUGCAUUCUGACUUCUGCGAUGUGCGACUGCUGGUAGGCGGACAGGUGUUUGGGGUCCAUAAGCUGGUGCUGGCUGCCAGUGGCCCGUAUUUUGCUGCUCUGUUCUCUGGAGGCAUGAGUGAAGCCCAUGAGGAGGAGGUUUGCAUUGCUGGAGUGGAGGCUGAUGUCUUUGAAAUUCUCCUAGAAUUUAUUUACACUGGCUCUAUUGAUGUGACAGUGGACACUGUGCAAGAGCUGAUGGUGGCUGCAGACAUGCUGCAGUUGAGUGAGGUGGUGGAUAUAUGUGGAGAAUUUCUCCGGGCUCAUAUGGACCCAUCCAACUGUGUUGGGAUUUAUCGCUUUUUGGAGCAGAUCGCCUAUAUGGAGCUGUUAAAGUUCACUGAAGACUACAUCCACGUCCACUUUCUAGAGGUUCGCUCCUCAGAAGAGUUCUCAAGCUUGUCUAAAGAUCAGCUGGUAAAGUUGCUCCGCAGUGAGGAGCUCAGGAUCGAAGAUGAGUAUCAAGUGUUCACGGCUGCUAUGGACUGGCUGCACCACAACGUGCCCCACAGGAAGAAGCAUGUGGUGGAAGUUUUGGAACCUGUGCGCUUCCCUCUGCUGUCACCACAGAGACUCUACAAGUACAUUGAGGGUAUUUCUGACUUCAGUUUGCGAGUUGCAUUGCAAACCCUUCUGAGAGAGUACACUGAAGUCAACAAGUCCCCUAAAGAGAGCAAACCUUUCAGCCUUCUGCAAACGGCCAAGACCCGGCCCAGGAGAAAAGCCCGCAAGUACCUCUAUGCCAUUGGUGGUUACACUCGUCUGCAGGGUGGACGAUGGAGUGACAGUCGAGCUUUGAGCUGUGUUGAACGCUUUGAUUCGUUCAGUCAGUACUGGACUACCGUGUCUUCCCUGCAUCAGGCCCGCAGUGGACUUGGGGUGGCGGUACUGGAAGGCAUGAUAUAUGUAGUGGGGGGAGAAAAAGACUCCAUGAUCUUUGACUGUACGGAGCGGUAUGACCCAGUGACCAAGCAGUGGGCGGCAGUGGCUUCUCUGACCUAUCCACGCUGUGGGGUCGGAGUUUGUUCGUGUCAUGGAGCUCUUUAUGCAAUUGGUGGCUGGAUUGGAUCGGAAAUUGGGAAGACCAUGGAACGAUAUGACCCAGCAGAAAAUAAAUGGGAGGUUAUUGGAAGCUUGGCUGUUCCUCGAUAUUAUUUUGGCUGCUGUGAGCUGCAAGGCUUCAUCUAUGUGAUUGGUGGCAUCAGCGAUGAGGGUACGGAGCUGCGCUCGGCUGAGGUUUAUGACCCGAUCUCUCGCCGAUGGAGUGCCCUGCCUGUAAUGGUGACCCGACGGGCGUACGUGGGUGUAGCUAGUCUCAAUAACUGCAUAUAUGCUGUAGGAGGCUGGAAUGAGGCCCUGGGAUCAUUGGACACUGUGGAAAAGUAUUGCCUAGAGGAGGAGAAGUGGGUGGAGGUGGCGUCGAUGGCCAUCCCACGCGCUGGGGUAACAGUUGCAGCCGUUAAUGGUUUGUUAUAUGCGGUAGGUGGUCGGACCACUAGUCGGGACUUUUCAGCACCAGUUACUGUAGACUCGGUCGAAAUCUAUGACCCCCACCUGGACACAUGGACGGAGAUUGGUAACAUGAUCACCAGCCGCUGUGAUGGUGGUGUAGCCGUCCUCUGAUAUUCACACCCAGCAACAUAUCACUUAACUUCACUGUUGUAACUGAUUUUAGAUUGUCUAAUUUAUUAUAACUUUUAAACGAGUUUAGAAGGACACAUGGUAUGAAUCUCAUAUGUUAGCCUGGGAACCUGCAGCAUUGUUGGGAGUGAAGCAUGGUGUAUUUUUUUUUUUUUUUUUUUUUAAACACUUGUGUGUUUAGAGAUCAUCAGCAAUUAAUAGCUUGUGUGUAACAGCCUGCUUCAAAAGGUCACUUAGUUCACCUAUGCAGUCCAUUGCAUUGUUUUUGGUGUUUUCAUCUCAGUGUUGCUAAUAUGCAUUUUAGCCAGCAAUUUGCUUCUUUUGUUGAGUUCAGUUUCACAUUUGCCUCAUUUCAAAAUAUUUUGUUACAAUUUGCACUUCUGUAUUAUACCUUUUUAUUUCUCACAAUCUUAAGCUUGUGGAAACUUGCUAGAUUGCUGUUAAAAUAUUUUAAUAAAUUUAAGCACUAGAA